CUACUACAACCCCUUACUUGUUGUUCUAACUUUGUAACAUGGUUGCGCGACGAAAGGUUGCUGCACGAUGCACUGACAUGACUGGCCGCAAGUAAAGGGUCGCUUUUCCUAAGAUAGUUUCCUUAGAUAACCGUGUCUCAUGAUGCGGGGCCUUAGGGUUGUUGUUACAGCGGGGAGGCUUGGGCACCGGGCCUUUCUGAGCGAUAGUGUUGCCCAACACCAAGCCCUACUCGGGAACUUUACGCCGAUUCUCAGACUUAGGGGCCUGACGUCAUCAUGCGGGAUUCGCAUUGCCCGUGCCUUUUCUAUCCAAGCAAACAGCAAUGCCAAGGACAGCUCGAACCCUGUCAUCCAACGCUAUUUGCAGAUGGUGGAUGCGGGAAGCUUGCAGAAGGACGAACAGCAGUGGGCGCUCGUCCAAGAGCUGGGCAGGUUGUACGACGAAACAGUGCAGUACAAGGCCCUCAUGGACAAGUACCAUACAGCCACGGCAGAAUACAAGGCCCGUAGGUUGCAGCGGUUGCAGGAGCUGCUCGAAGAAGACCGACUGCGGGAGGAGCAGCAGCAGCGGGAGGAGCAGCAGCGGCGGCAGCGCAAGGGGCUGCUCGCCACCCUGCUCGGGUCGCCCCCGCCUCCGCAGACCGCCGCCACCGCCAGUGACAACAACAGCGAUGGCGUCGGUCUGGCUGCCUGGCUGCGCUCCUCCCUGGCCCCGCUGCUGCCCGGAUCAGCGGCCGCCGCUGCUGCUGCUGAGGAGGGCGGUGCCGCUGCUACCGCUGCCAGCGCCGCUCGUGCCCGUCAGGCUGCUGCUGCGGCGUUUCGGGAGGAGCGGCUGACGGCGGAGCUGGGGCCGCCGCCUGGCGCCCCGCAGCCGCCCCGGGGCCUGUACGUGUGGGGCAGUGUGGGCAGCGGCAAGUCCAUGCUGGUGGCCAUGUUCUACCAGGUGCUGGCUGAGAGCGCGCAGCUGCCCGCCACACGUUGGAUGCACUUCAACGCGGCAAUGCUGGAGAUCCACGCCCGGCUUCACCACCUGGACUCGGAGCGCUGGCGGCAGCGGGACGCGCGACUGCGGGCGCAGCAGCUGCUGCAGGAGCAGAAGUGGCAGCAGCAGCAGCAGGCUGCAGCAGCGGCAGCGGUUGCGACGGCAGCAGCGGGGACCGCGGGGGAUGCGGACUCGGAUGAGGAGGAGGACGAGGAGGGCGAGGAAGAGCGGGUGCAGGUGGAGACAUGCAGCGGUACCUUGUCCUCCUCCGUGUCCGCCUCCUCGUGUGCCUCUUCCUCCUCUUCCUGUGGCUCUUGCUCCCCAGACCGCCAGCGACCCACGGGUCAUCAGCCCCCGCAGCCCCCGCAGCAGCAGGCCGCCUGGGACCCGGCGCUUGACCCGGAGGUUCGCAAGCAGCGGGAGGCGCGGGCAGCCAUGCUGGCUGUGAGGCGGCACAUGAGGCUGGCCAAGCUGGCUAGCAAAGACCCCCGGUCGCUGGCCGCCGCUAAUGCGCAGGGUAUGCUCCGCACCGCCGCCAGCUUCAUCCGCGGCCGCCCCGGCGACCCACUCAGCGGCUGGGUGGGCGGCGGGUCGGAGCCGCUGGCCUCCCUGCUGUACUUUGAUGAGGUGCAGGUGACCGACGUGUUCAGUGCGGUGGCGCUCAAGGGCCUGAUCGAGGCUCUCACCUCCGCUGGCUGUGUGGUGGUAGCCACCAGCAAUCGGGCGCCGCACGAGCUGCCGCGACACGGGCUGCACGAGGACAUGUGGGGGCACUUCGUAACAACGCUGCUUCAGCGCUGCUCGGUGUACGAGCUCUCCGCCGCCGCCGACUACCGCCGCACCCUGUUGGAGCAGGGCAGGGCGGCCAUCGCAGCAGCAGCAGCAGCAGCCACAACACCCGCUCCCUCCUCCUCCUCCUCCUCCUCCCCUCGCUGGCCCCCGCUGGCCCGCAGCUACCUGCAGCCCUCCGGACCCGCCAGCGCGCAGGAGCUGGAGGCGCUGUGGGCAGCCAUGAACGCCUCCUCCUCCUCCUCCUGCUCCACCACCACCGCUGCUCCUGCAUCUCCUGCCACGGCAAGCAGCCCACUACCGGUUACCCCCCAGCACCCCCAGCAACCCCAGCACCCCGAAGAGGCGGCGCUGCUUGUCCCGGUGCUGUUCGGUCGCAGCCUGGCCGUGCCCCGCUGCUCCCCCUGCGGCGGUGCCGCGUGGUUCCCCUUCCCGCAGCUGUGCGGCCAGCCGCUGGGACCCGCGGACUACGUGGCACUGGCUCAGCGCUUCCACACCGUGUUCCUGUCCGACAUACCCGCCAUGUCCAUGCAGGUUCGCGACCAGGCCCGCCGCUUCAUCACCCUCAUCGACGAGCUCUACAACGCGCGCUGCGUGCUGGUGGCCUCCGCCGCGCUGCCGCCCGAGCAGCUGUUCGCGGGGGCGGAGGGGCAGGAGCCCAUCCUGGAUCUGGAGGGGCUGCAGUUCGAGACGGCGGUGGAGGAUGCGCGCCUGCGUCGUGACGCCACCACUGCGGGCGGGGUGGCCCCCGUGGCCGCCAGUCCCACUUCCCUUGCGCUUACGGUGGGGGCGCUGGGGGGCGCGGAGGAGCGGUUCGCGUUCCGGCGGGCGGUGUCGCGGCUGCUGGAGAUGCAGUCGCCGCAGUACAUUGCGGGGGCGCUGGCCAUGAGGCGGGGGCAGCAGCAGGGGGGGCAGGCGCAGCAGCAGCGCGUGUAGCGGGGGGGUGAGGGGGAAUAGGGAAAACUGCGUUUAGGGGUUGGAGGGAGCGGCUGUAGUGGAGUUCAAGGAUUGUUCGUGGUGAUAGGGCGUAACGGAGGGCGUGCGGCAGGCGCAUUAUAAGGUUGAGACGUGGGGACUGCGUGCUAAAGCAGAGCAGGCCAGGCAGCGAGAGGGCGAAGCGAGCGGCUGUUACUUAAGCGUACGCUAAUACUGUGGAGGGGUGAAUGAGGGAUCAGAGCGCUGUGGGAGAUGCGGGAGUGCGGAUGUGUGCGAUUGUCAUUUCACCUAAUUCGUUUGGGGUAUGGAUCUGGAAUUGGACUUUGGCCUGUUUCUGUUCAGGGUCAACUGUGGGUACUAUUGAGGGUGUGUUUGGGUCAAACCAUGUGCUGUUGAUGAAGGGUUUUGGCCUACACUACAGAAGCUGCUAAAUUUAUUCGAGCUGAUACGGCGAACAUGUACGAGAGCGUAUGCGUUACAGUGGAACUGUGGAGUUUAUAUUGUACGGGAGCGUGUGAGGGAGUUGCGUGCGUUUUACCUGAGAGUGUGUAGUAACGGCUCAACUUAACACGCCAGAACCACAUGUUCUCCUGGCCUGAAUACUACGCCGAAAUUGUUCAUUUGUGCCGUACUAAAGUCAUUAUUGAAACUAUGUUACGAGAUAUUUACUAUGCGAGGGGCAAUCUGAGCGCUAAGUCUAGACAGUAUUACUUGCUUUAUUUGAACUUGCUACUAUGGAAGCUGUGGCACUGUAUGCAAUACCGCCCGCAAGUGCAAUUCGGUUAAAACUGGAACGGAAUGGAACUACCAUGGAGUUGGACGCGGCUGGAACCUGAGUUGGUUGUGGUUGGUACUUCCUGCUGUAACAAACAGGGGCUGGCACAACUGGUCGCUAACUAGUGACCUGUGACUUCAUGGGCAAGAUUCAAGACCAUAGCAGUGAG